AUGGCCAAACGCUCCACACUCGCUCUCUUGUCUCUCUGGGGCGCCUUCGCCUCCGGGCAGGGCCUUCACGACCUGGCCGUCAAGAACGGCAAGCUCUUCUUCGGGACCGCGACGGACACGAACCUGUUCAAUGACGCGGCGUACAUGGCCGUGCUCAACCGCACCGGGGAGUUCGGGCUGGUCGUGCCGGAGAACAGCCAGAAGUGGGACGCGACGGAGAAGACGCAGGGGCAGUUCACCUUCACGAACCCCGAUGCUGUCCGCGCCGUCGGACAAGCCAACAAACAGAUGAUGAGGUGCCAUGCGUUGACAUGGCACUCUCAGCUCCCUUCAUUCGUAUCCCAAGGCACAUGGACCCCCGAGACCCUCACCCCCGUAAUCGAAGCCUACAUCUCCAACACCGUCUCCCACUUCGCCGGCGCCUGCUACUCCUGGGACGUCGUCAACGAAGCCCUCGCAGACAACGGCACGCUCCGCGACAGCGUCUUCUCGCGCACCCUCGGGCAAGACUUCAUCCCCAUCUCCUUCCGCGCCGCCGCGGCCGCGGACCCCGCCGCGAAGCUGUACUACAACGACUUCAGCCUCGAGUUCAACUCCAAAAAGACGGACGGCGCGGUCAAGAUCGUGCAGGACCUCAAAGCCGCGGGCGUGAAGAUCGACGGGCUGGGUCUGCAGGCGCAUCUCGAGGUCGGCAAGACGCCGUCGCCGCAGACGCUGAGUAAGGUGAUGUCGCGGUUCACGGAUAUGGGGCUGGAGGUGGCGCUGACGGAGCUGGAUAUCCGGCAUGGCAAGGUGCCGGCGGACGAUGCGGCGGUGCAGCAGCAGGCGAAGGACUAUGCAAGCGUGGUGAAGACGUGCGUUGACGCGAAGGGGUGCGUCGGGGUUGUGGUGUGGGAGUUUACGGACAAGUAUAGCUGGAUCCCGUCGACGUUCCAGGGGCAGGGGGAUGCGUGUUUGUUUGAUAAGGAUAUGAACCCGAAGCCGGCGUAUGAUAGUAUCAAGGCGGUGUUGAUGGCCGGAGCAACGAACGCGACGGUGAAGAGGGUCGGUUUCCUCUUCGGGCGCAGCGCGGUCUAG